AUGGUGCAAAGGGUGGGGUAUAUAAUAGCGCAGAGCGCUGCACACGUGGUGACCCGCUUCGCAACAGGGAGGGCGCAAAUUGCAACGAAAAGAAUUCCUGCAAAUGCGCUCACUUGUUAUUUUCCACCCCGAGGAGGAACCUGGGGAAACAAAUUUAAAAACAUACUUGCGUUGUCCACGCUUGGAAGGAAAAACCUUUGUGAGGGCUGCCACAGUAACAACCGUGUGUCAUUUAGGAAGGAGCAUUUUGGGACAGUUAAUAAAGGGGGAGAGACGGGGAAGGGAGAUGCAUGUAACCUUCAGAACGAGGCCAACACAGUGGUUUCCCCUUUGUGUGGAGAAAAAUCACAUGAUCAGAAUGCGUGUAAGGGGAAAACACGUGAAGAGCAAAGCAGCCAUGAAUAUGGAGCCGCUACAGAUAUCGUCCAACUGAAUGAAGAGGGUACCCCCCUCCCAGGUAAUAACCCACAUGUGACAACCACCGAUGUGACAAAAAAUGAAAUUGCAACAGAAGAGGGAAGUGACCAAGUGAAGAAAGAAUACAUGGUUCUCAUGUUUACGUGCAAAAUAUGCGAAAAGAAAAGUGCCAAGAAGUUUUCCAAGCAGGCAUACAAUAACGGGGUGGUUAUUAUUCGUUGCCCGUCUUGUGAGAACCUUCACUUAAUUUCCGACCAGCUCGGGUGGUUCCAGGACGGGAAGACUAACAUCGAGGAUAUUCUAAAACAGAAGGGGGAAAACGUGAUUAGGAAGUUUUCCUACAACAACAUGCUCGAGAUAGACGAUCUGCUCAAUGCAUACAAGUGA